AUGGAUAAAUCAUUAUUUUUAUCAUUAUUCAAUAAUAUUGUAUUAAAUAAAUUAAUAUUUAGUUUAUUAAGAUGUCAGUGUAAAUCAUCUAGUUGUAAAGUUUAUAGUUGGAGUGUUAUGAUUAAAAAACCACAUGUUUUGGCAGGAAAUGGUUAUCUUGAUCUGUUGAAACAGUGUAGACAUAGAUAUCAUAGUAGUAUCAGAGGUUUAAUUUUUAACUUUUUUAAAAAGGAUCCAAUGUAUCGAACUCUAGUCAAUACCACCAAAUCAUCACAUCCAAACUCCUUACCAAUUCUAAAGUAUCUAAUCGAAGAAAUCGGUAUCGAUUUGGAGAUACUUUUGGGUGAAAACACCAGAGCAAAAUAUACACCCAAAGAUCUUUUAUACUAUGCAUCGAGAUAUGAUAGAUUAGAGAUUUUAAAAUAUUUCGACAGUGUACUCCAAAAAAAUCGAAUUGACCUCAAUCGAAAGGGAUAUUUAGUUACUUACGAAGAUGCAUUCAUAGUAUCGCCAUUCUCACAUAAUAUCGAUAUAAUGGCAUUUCUGUUGGAUAAAAUCAGUAAUCAUCCUCUUGUGACAAAGGCAUUCGACUCUGCUGCAAGAGUUGGGAGAAUAGAUAUGAUUGAAUGGUUGGCUAAACAUAGACCACAAGAUAGAGUUGGCAAUUUUAUGUUUGAUCAAGCGGUUCGUGGAAAUCACAUCGAUUUGGUAAAAUACCUCAGAAAAGAGAAUAAAGAUAGAGAUGAAUAUCCAGAAGACAACAUUUUCUUAAUAGACACAGCUGCUGAAUGUGGUCAUUUCGAUCUUUUGAAACAAUUACAUCAAAUGAAUUAUAAUGGAACAACAAAGGCAAUGGAUUUAGCUGCAUCAAACGGACACCUCGAAAUUAUUGAAUGGCUUCACCACUUUCGAGAUGAAGGAGCUACAGUAUUAGCAAUGAAUGGUGCUGCUAAGAAUGGACACAAGGAUCUGGUUGAAUGGCUCCACUAUAAUAGAACAGAAGGCUGUUUGAGCUAUGCAAUGGAUGAUGCCGCAACUAAUGGACACCUUGGUAUAGUCCAGUUUCUUCAUAUUAAUCGUACAGAAGGUUGUUCACAUGAAGCAUUUGAUGGUGCUGCCAAAGGACAUCUUAAUCUAGUCGAGUUUCAUCAUCACAACAGAACUGAAGGAUUUACAACGACAGCACUUGAUCUAUCUUCAAAUAACGGACAUUUGCACGUGGUGGAAUGGAUUCUUGAAAACCGAACCGAAGGCUGCACUAUUAGAGCAUUGGUGUUUAGCAAAGAUAAAAAGAUUAAAGCAUCAUUGACCAAGAAAAAACCAAUAAUUAUUAUUAUCGAUUUUUUGUACAUUUUUUUACUUCAAAUGUUCGUUAUUCUUUUAGCAUGGACCAUCUACCAAUUUUAUUCUAAAGGUAAAAUCUUUAAUUUUUUAUUCAUUCCAGUAGCUCUCUAUAUUUUAUAUAAAUGUGAAUGUUGGCUAAUGCAUUUGAAACUUUGA